AUGGUAGCAAAACCAGUCCCAAGAAAAGUCUUAUUAGCAAUCACUUCAUACUCUGAAAAGUUCUAUGAUGAUGGUGCCAAAACUGGGUUGUUUUGGUCAGAAGCUGCACACCCAUUGCGUUUCUUUGAAGAAGUUGGAUUUGAAGUAGAUAUCGUUUCAGAAACUGGAAAAUUUGGAGUUGAUGAACACUCAAUAAGUGAUCAAUUUCUAUCAACAGAAGAACUUGAACAAUACAAGGACAAAAACUCUCCAAUUAACCAAAAAUUCAAGCAAAUAAAAAGGGCUUCUGACGUGAAUGCUGAUGAUUACGGUAUAUUUUUUGCAGCAGGUGGUCAUGGGACAGUUUUUGAUUUCCCAAAGGCAACUUCCCUACUUGAACUGGCUUCACAAAUAUAUGCCAAUGGUGGUAUUGUUGCAGCUGUUUGUCAUGGUCCAGUCAUUUUUGAAAAUUUGAAAGAUAAAGAAACUGGUGAAUUCCUAGGAAAGGGAAAGACAUUAACAGGUUUCACAAACCUCGGUGAAGAGCAAAUGGGUGUUCAACAUAUUUUGAACAGGGACAACUUGAAGACUUGUGAACAAAUUUUCAAUGAGAUCGGUGCUACUUACUCACCUCCACCAGCACCAUUUGAUGUUUAUUCAGUCAUUGACGGUCGCGUUGUGACAGGCCCAAACCCAGCAUCUGCCUACGAUACUGCUAAUAGUGCCUUGAAAGUAUUUAAUUCCUUGGAAGCUUGA